AUGCCGCAACCGCAUCAGUGGGCGUAUUCUGAACGGCGACCACUCGUGUUCCCGGACCUAUCACGGCUGACAUCUUUAUACAUGGGCUGGACAUUCACGAAAGGCCGGCCACCAUAUGUCCAUAUCGACACCAGCUCCACGCAGCUCUCGUGGAGAUGGGCAGUCUGCAGUAGGAUGGCCCUCUCAACCGAAGAGCUCUUCCUGAGAGUCCUAGCUCAAACUACCCAGCGUUCCAAGAUGAGACGGACUAUCCAGGAUGACUGCAAAAGCCUUUUGAAAUCGAGUGUCCAGAAAAUGCUCGUGGACGACUUGCUGCGAGAUCAAAAUAUGCGACUAUCAUUGCAGUAUCCGCUGUUGGAGUUGAAGUUGGCCGGCUUGGCUUGUAAAACCCGGAAGGCCGGGUUCUUUGCCGAAGAGACGAGGAGCAUUGAUGUCAUCUUGAAGACAGAAUGGGCCCUCGAGCCUCCUGACCGGGGUCCUAUGGCGCCAGGUGGUGGUCUUGGACCUCCUGGCUUUGGUGGCCCCGCCUAUGGCCCCGGUGGCCCACCUUACGGCCCUGGGGGAGGCGGCUGGGACUUCAAUAACAAUAGGGACCCGAGAGCCCUCGGGGGUGACACAGUCCGCCCUGGUCAUCCCAAUGCACGUCCCACGACGCAGACACAACCAGGCAUCCCUCAUGUGCAAUCCCAGGCUGCGCCUGUACGGCCCGUAUCCGCCACAUCCUCGCGCGAGCCGCGGCUUGUUUUUGUCAGAGAAGGAGGGAAAGGCAAGACCAUUCGUCCGAUUGAGGAGAGCAGCCACCGUGUCUUUCUCUGGGACGAACGAGGUGGGUCGAAAGUUUAUGCUGAAAACCGUCGUCCGGCAAGCGUUCGUCGAAGCAAGGUGCAUGAUGGUUUUCGGGCAUCAGCUGCGCCCGCUGCUUCUGCUUCUGGCCUGCCUCCACCUCCUCCACCUGGUGGCAUGUAUGGUACAUUCCCGUACGCGUGGAGCCAGCCUCUAAUGGGUGGUACCUCUGCGUAUGUACAACCGCAGCCGCCACCUCCUGAACCGGUGUAUUUCGCUGGCAGUGGAUUCCCGCCUAGACCGACAAACGACAAUGUGCAAGUGUUAGCACGAGACAUGACGGUUGAACAAGAAAGGCAGAUCAUCGACGAGCUAUUCGCAGAAUGGGAAGACGGUGUCCACAACAAAGGGGAGAAGCUCAAUGCGGAGACGCAGGCUUACAAAAAGGAGGAACAGCGCCCUUCUACUUAUAAACAAAACGCUGUGGUACGUAUGGGCACCACACGCCGAUUGAUGAUGGAGGUCGAACGGGAAGCCCAGAAGAAAGAGACUCUGGAGAAGAAGCUGCGACACGCACACACGUUGGAGCCUGGGUAUUCCUUUGCGAAUGAACCCGGUGAUAGACGGAGGACGGCGUAUGCGACGCGGCCGCGGCGUAGGAGAAGACCCGUGAGCAUCAACCUGAGGGGAAGUCAGGAAGGGGACAGUGAUAUCGAGAGGGAGGCAUACUUUGAGGACUUCUAUCGGAGAUACGAUAGAUAUCCCGACGGUACUGUUCCCGAGCAGUCCGAGAGGCGCAGGGAGGAGAGGCGCAGGGACUAUUUUCAGACCCCGAUGAGAGGGCACCAUGUCAAUCUAUCCGAACCUUCUGGGCGCCAUGAUAGUACUAGGGCUGUGGCCAGCGAGGUGCCCAGUGAGAUGAUGGAGAGAGAACGUGCUCGGAGGCCGCCUCAUAGCCAUGUGGUCAUUACAACCAGGCCGGAGAGAACCGCGAGAGGGAGAGACAUGAGGAUAGUCGAGACGCGAAGCCCGAGGUUGAGGGUAUAUACGUCUGAUUCUGAGUCCUGGGCCGAGGUUGAGGAGGCUACCAUAUAUUCGUCCGACGACUAG